AUGCCCAUGCGCACCGACACUGAAAAUGAUAAUGUACCGGCUUCUCCCGAGGAUAGUUUCGACGUGUCUAUGACUGAUAAGCAUAGCUCCGAUACUUCAGACUCAUCAGGGGAAAAGGAUACUGAUACAUCCCACCUUGAAUCAGAUAUUGAAGAGAUAUGUGCAUUCUCGAACUUAUCCUUAGAUAACGAAAGUUCUGGGCGUCACUUGUACCCCAAAAACAAGCAUGAUUUUUCAGACAAAGAAUCUAGCGACGAGGCCGAGUUAUCUUCGAGCACAUUGAGCGAUCGAGAUGAAAUAACACAAGCGAGAUUGGAACGUAUUGAAAAGCGUCUGUUGAAAAAGUUAGACUCUGGUUAUUCACUCUUGUGCCUUGACAUUUGUCAAGAGUCUAAGGAUCAUGAGAAGAUAUAUAAACACAGUGAAUUCGUGUGGGUAAACAUUGAGCGCUUAUGGGACCGGCAGAGCAAGCGCACAAAAUUCCUAAAUGAUCUUCGCAUAACUCAUUGGCCGGCAUUCAUAAGAAACCAUGAGCGAAAUGCAGAUAGCAGGUUCAUCUUCUACGAAGUGACGAUAUGCGCAUUGAAUUACCAAAAAACUUUGAGGCAAAAAGACAUCCUUCCGUGGCGAGCGCUCGAUCCGACUCAAUUUCAGCGUAAAGUUGAGGAUUCUAUGCAUGAUAAUGAUCUUGUGUCAAAUUUUAUUCAGUCUUUGGAUUCUGUGAAAGCAAGAUCUGCGAUGUGCUAUGCAAUUGACCCUUACUACCCAUUUUCACUACCUCCUGCACAAAGAAAUUACAUCUCUGACAUAGACUAUACGCAAGAAAUUGGUCUAUCCAAACAUUUCAAGAAAAUAAUGUUUGGUCCAGAGGUAUUACACGAGGGUGACAUUCUUCGACUUGACUCGGAAGAAGCCGAAGAUUCCGAAAAAAGGAACGUCGUGUUAUUUAAGGUUCAUUAUUUUUAUUAUUUUAAGCGACGAAAUCGAAUCGAGAUGACUGGAGAUAAAUAUCAAUAUUAUGCAGUUGCCGAAAAGGACGAUGUGUUGGUGCUAAAAAAAAUGGAAAGGGCGCAAAGCCUAUCUGUUGUUAGGUUAGAUGAGGUGGUUGGAAGGUAUUACAAGUGGAAUCAAGAGAUCAAUCGAACAUCUCUUUCGCGUCCUUGGGGUUCCUUGGAUGUCUUAUUUUGUUAG